ACAGUCGACAAAUAGUUUGACUCAAAGUUUAUGGAUCGAUGACAUUGAAGGAAAAUGUAUUAUUAGUGAAGAAAUAGAGACUGAAUUUCAACCACAGAUUAGACCAACAAAUGAUUUGCCAAAUAAUUUGUCACUUGUUUUAGGUUUGAAUGAAGAGUCGGCUCAAAGAGUAGAUCUAACGGGAGGUAAAGGUAGCUCUUUGGCAGUACUUAUGAAUUUAAGUCAAAAAUUGGUUAAAAAUAACUAUAAACAACAGUUUAGUGUCGCCAAUGGUGUUGUUGUCACUACUAAUGCUUACGAAAUACUUUUAAAAGAAAACAAAGAUUUAUUGAAAGCAAUUGAAAAUUUGGAAAAAUCGACACAACUUUCACAAAAAGAGUUGAAAUCUAAAUGCGAUGAAGUAAUGGACUUAAUUGCAAAUCAAAGAUUACCACAAACUAUACAAAAAGCAAUUGAAGACAAAUUGAGAGCUAAUUUCAAUGAUUUUGAAAACAAGUUGUUUGCCGUUAGAUCUUCCGGUGCUUCUGAAGAUUCUGAAGAGAUGUCAGCCGCCGGACAAAUGACUACUUAUUUAGGCGUCAAAGGACUCGACAAUAUAUACUCGUCUGUAAUGAAGUGCUGGUCGUCUCAGUUCUCACACAUAGCUGUUGAGUAUAAGAGAGGUUACGGACAGCCUAUCAAUAGUCCGAUGGCUGUUGUGAUACAAGAGAUGAUAGCGUGUGAGUCGGCGGGUGUUAUGUUUACUUGUGAUCCGAUUACUGGAGACGAAAGAGUUAUUGAAGUGACAGCUAAUUAUGGUUUGGGAGAAUCAGUGGUGUCGGCGUCAGCAGAACCGGAUACAAUCAAACUGUCUGUUAAUAUUGAAUCUAAUUCUUUAUCAAAAUCAAGAUAUAUUAAGGGAAUUGAAAACAAAGUUAUCGGAAGCAAGAAAUCAUUUAUAAAACUAUCUGAAAAUGGUGGCACUGUUGAGGAAUAUGUUAACGAUAGCAGCAAAUGCUGUUUAACUGAUGAAGAUUUAUAUCGAUUGGGAGAUUUGGCACUAAUUAUUCACAAACACUACGGUAAUGUCAGAGAUAUAGAGUGGGGUCUAAAAGGGGGCGAAAUAUUUAUGCUUCAGUCGCGACCCGUCACUAAUUUGGACAAUUCGUACACCGAUUACGAGAUAAUGCAUGAAAUGGAUACUCCUCACCAAACCGAGUACGAGAUCUACUCCCCGGCCCAUUGGGGCGCAGUUUUUCCCGGAGCGUCGUCGUGGUUGGUCUACACGUGGACUUUUGCCAACAAAAGUGGAUUUUUUAGAUAUGGUAUUGAAGAAGGAUCAGUUACCGAAGAUGACUACAAUCCAUUUACAUUAGGAAUGGGAGGUUUGUUUGGUAUGUUUGCUGACUAUCCGGACUCGGACUCAGACAAGCAAAUGGUUCUCGCAUUCUUUGGCCAUCACAUUGAAGACAAAGAUGUCUUAAACGUAUUUUGCGAAAAUCGUAAAACAAAACCAAAAUUAGGUUUAUUUAAGAAAUUGAAAUCAUUGGUGAAAUUUAUAAAUAUAAUUGUGUGGGCACCGAAAACAUUGAUGAAAGACAAACAUUAUUUUAUGGAUGAAAUCAAAUACGAUUUGGUCGACAAUAUUAAAAAAUAUAAGUCAUCUAAGGAUGUCUUGGACGGUAUUAUUGCCGAUUACGGUAAAAUAGCAUCGGUUCAGUUCAAAAAUCAUGGACCAGCAUGUAUAGGAUCAACUGUCAAACAUCUACUGUUGAGGACAGCCCUGGAAGGGGCACAAAAGGACAACCCUAAUAUCGAGUCGGACUUUAAUUUGUUGAUCUCGUCGUGCAAUGAAGUGAUCAGCGCCGAAGUGCCCAAUCAUUUGCGUGAAAUCGCUAAAUCAAUCAAAGAUAAGGAACAGUUCAAGACGUUGAGCGACGAGGAAGCGCUCAAAGUAUUACAAGAGGGCACCGAUAGUGCAUCGAAAAGUUUUAAAGAUUUUCUUGAAAAACAUGGGCACAGAGGUUACCGGGAGUUUGAUCCCAUGUACCUGCCCUGGGGUGAGGAUCCCGUACCGUGUAUUAAAAAUAUUAAAGCUAUAUUAACGGGAAGUGAAGCACAAUUUGAGCCAAAAAUUUUCAAAUCAGUGGAUCAGGUUAUCGAUGAAUUGAAGACUAAACUGUCGUUUACAAGAAAACUAUUAAUAAGCAAACUAUUGCUUCCGUGGAGUCGUUCGGGUGUCGGCUAUCGAGAGAUAUCCAAGUAUUUUAUGAUUUGGAUGAAUGACAGACAGAAAAAGGGAUUUCACUUUUUGGCCAAACAAAUGGUUGCCGACGGACUGUUGCCAUCAAUCGAUUCAUUCUUUUAUUUGACUUCGGAAGAGGUGUACAAUCUGUGUAAUGGUAGCCGCGAUCCGUUAAUUAUGACUCGUUUGCGACACAGGAAACGGUUGUAUCAGAAAAUGAAUAAAUAUAAAUUCGAUGAGUUUGUUAAGGGACCAGAAAUGAUACCCAGAAAUUUUGAUGAACGCAUAACAAUACCGACAAACACUACUGGUUUGGUUCAAAUGACGGGAACACCGGUCAGUAAUGGAGUGGUUAAGGCCAGAGUUUGUGUGGCCGAAGAUAUUACUGAUGCCGACGCUAUUCAGCCGGGAGAUAUACUGAUAACAUACUCAACGGAUAUCGGUUGGAGUCCAUACUUUCCAUUGUUGUCCGGUAUUGUCACUGAAAUCGGUGGAACCAUAUCUCACGGUGCGGUUAUUGCCCGGGAAUACGGUAUUCCCAGUUUGAUUGCUAUUGAGGGCGUGUGUCAUACCUUCAAAACGGGUGAUAUAUGUGUUUUGGACACACAGUCCGCUACUAUCACUAAAGUGGGAUAA